AAACGGGCUGCCUCCUCAAAGGGGCUCGCUCUGUGCGAGGUGCUCGCCCUGUAUCUGCCAUGCAAAACGAGGGAGCUUUAUGAAGGAAUCCGUCUUGUAAAGCCAUUGGUCCUGGUCAUCAGCCUCUACCCAAUGCUUUCGUGAUGCUGCCGCUGAUCUAUUUGGGAAGUUGGCUGGCUGGUGAGGCAGAGCCUCUCCUCAAAGCCUGGCUCCCACGGAAAAUAUGCUCAGUGCAGCCAAGUGCAUGAAUGAAAACGCCGCCGGGUGCUUCUAGUCGGGCAAAAUGCAGCCGAGAACUCCGCUCCUCCUGUGCGUUCUCCUGUCCCAGGUGCUGCUGCUAACAUCUGCAGAAGACUUGGACUGCACGCCUGGAUUUCAGCAGAAAGUGUUCCAUAUCAACCAGCCCUCUCAGUUCAUCGAGGACCAGGCGAUUCUAAACUUGACCUUCAGUGACUGCGAGGGAAACAGCAAGGUACACUAUGAGGUCUCAAGCCCAUACUUCAAGGUGAACCAUGAUGGCAGCUUAGUUGCCCUGAAAAACGUAACUGCGGUGGGCAAGACUCUGUUCAUCCACGCCCGGAGCCCCCACGCAGAGGACAUGGCAGAACUCGUCAUUGUCGGGGGAAAGGACAUCCAGGGCUCCUUGCAGGAUAUAUUUAAAUUUGCAAGAACUUCUCCUGUCCCAAGACAAAAGAGGUCCAUUGUGGUAUCUCCCAUUUUAAUUCCAGAGAAUCAGAGACAACCUUUCCCACGAGAUGUUGGCAAGGUAGUCGAUAGUGACAGGCCGGAAGGGUCCAGGUUCCGGCUCACUGGAAAGGGAGUGGAUCAAGAGCCUAAAGGAAUUUUCAGAAUCAAUGAGAACACGGGUAGCGUCUCCGUGACACGGACCUUGGACAGAGAAGCGAUCGCUACUUACCAACUAUUUGUGGAGACCACUGAUGUCAACGGCAAAACCCUCGAGGGGCCAGUUCCUCUGGAAGUCAUCGUGAUUGACCAGAAUGACAACAGACCCAUCUUUCGGGAAGGCCCCUACAUUGGCCAUGUCAUGGAAGGAUCCCCGACAGGGACCACGGUGAUGCGGAUGACCGCCAUUGAUGCGGACGACCCGGCCACAGAUAAUGCCCUCCUACGGUACAAUAUCCGACAGCAGACGCCUGACAAGCCGUCUCCAAACAUGUUCUACAUCGAUCCUGAAAAAGGCGACAUUGUCACCGUCGUGUCACCUGCCUUGCUGGACCGGGAGACUCUGGAAAAUCCCAAGUAUGAAUUGAUCAUCGAGGCUCAAGACAUGGCGGGACUGGAUGUUGGGUUAACAGGCACAGCCACGGCGACAAUCAUGAUCGAUGACAAAAAUGACCACUCGCCAAAAUUCACCAAGAAAGAGUUUCAAGCCACCGUGGAGGAAGGAGCCGUGGGGGUUAUCGUCAACUUGACAGUCGAGGACAAGGACGACCCCGCCACAGGCGCAUGGAGGGCUGCCUACACCAUCAUCAACGGAAAUCCGGGCCAGAGCUUCGAGAUCCACACCAACCCUCAGACCAACGAGGGGAUGCUGUCCGUUGUCAAACCCCUGGACUACGAGAUCUCCGCCUUUCACACCCUGCUGAUCAAAGUGGAAAAUGAGGACCCGCUGGUGCCCGACGUCUCCUACGGCCCCAGCUCCACGGCCACGGUCCACAUCACCGUCCUGGAUGUCAAUGAGGGUCCGGUUUUCUACCCAGACCCCAUGACGGUGACCAGGCAGGAGAACAUCUCCGUGGGCAGCGUGCUCCUGACCGUGAACGCCACGGACCCGGAUUCCCUGCAGCAUCAAACCAUCAGGUAUUCCAUUUACAAGGACCCAGCGGGCUGGCUGAAUAUUAAUCCCAUCAAUGGGACCGUUGACACCACAGCCGUGCUGGACCGCGAGUCGCCCUUUGUCCACAACAGCGUGUACACUGCCCUCUUCCUAGCCGUCGACAGUGGCAACCCUCCCGCUACUGGGACUGGAACUUUGCUGAUCACUCUGGAGGACGUCAACGACAACGCCCCCAUCAUCUACCCCACAGUCGCAGAGGUCUGCGAUGACGCCAAAAACCUCAGCGUCGUGAUUUUGGGAGCGUCCGAUAAGGACCUUCACCCAAAUACAGACCCUUUCAAAUUUGAGAUCCACAAACAGGCUGUUCCCGAUAAAGUCUGGAAGAUCUCCAAGAUCAACAAUACGCACGCCCUGGUAAGCCUUCUCCAAAACCUGAACAAAGCCAACUACCACCUGCCCAUCGUGGUGACAGAUUCAGGGAAGCCACCCAUGACAAACAUCACAGACCUCAGGGUACAGGUGUGCUCCUGCAAGAACUCCAAAGUCGACUGCAACGCGGCGGGGGCCCUGCAUUUCAGCGCAACCUCAGUCCUGCUCGUCUCCCUCUUCAGUCUGACGUGUCUGUGAGAACUCCUGACAUUCGAAGCUUGACUACCAAGUUUCCAUAGCAACAG